AUAUUUGGCUGUUCCCGCGUGGUGUGCUGAUGCUGUAGGGCAAACCGUGCCGCGCAUUUCGUAAAAAGCGGCACAUUGGAGAAGAAGACAUGCUGCCGAGGUGAGCGUGAGAGUGCGUACGCGGUUGUGACUGUUUGUGUGUAAGGCGACUUGCGUCCGAGAAAGGGGUACGAAGCUUAUAGAUACCCCCAGCAUACCUGUGCAUAGCUGUGAGGUACGUCAUUUAAAUUUGGAUAAAUCCUACCUGCGCGGUUGCGUUCUGCGUAACAUGUGCACUUUCGGCUCGAGAUUCUACUCGUACACCAUCCUACUGCUGCUGCUGUGCUGAGCCCCAUGCCGAAAUGAAGAAAUGAACGGGUUGUGCAACCUGUAGUAAAGUGUGUGUUGUGUUUAGGCUCGACAACAGGCAUCUAGAACCGUAACACGGUGUGACUGUGAGACAAUAGUGUGUACACCUUGCAUAAAAGGUACAGGCUAGUGAUCUGAAAAAUGCACAUUAGCGACAGAGCAUGUGACGGUGAACCAGCGAGUGUUAAUCAUCCCAAAACAGCCACCUGAUCUGAGUUUGCUGAUCUUCGCAAAGCCAUCAUCGACGCCGGAGUCAUCAUAGCAGCGGAAACCGCACCCUUCUUCGUUUGGGUUACUUGGAUUAAAAUCAAACGAAAGACUGCAUCGAUCGACGAACGGAACAAGAAAGAAACCCUACGCAGCGUCGGUGGAAGUCAUCUGUAAAUUACAUAAACAGCCUGAACGCAGUGUAUAGAAGAUGACGAAUCUACGAAGAUUAAAUCUGUUGGCACUAUACUUUGCAUUCCUUGCGACAUGGACACUAGCAGAAGAUUGUGGACGAGAGUUUCGAGGAAAGUGUGACUGUGGAAUGCGCAUGUACAACUACCGCCCACAGUACGUGGUGAAUUGCACCGACACGGGAUUCCGGGACACGCUGGUGCUGCAGCAUCUGCCGGCACAAACGGAGGUUGUCAUCUUCAACGGCAACAAUGUGAAUGAACUGCCCUGGAACGUUUUCGGAGUCAUGGGCAAUCUAACGAAUCUCACGAUCGUCGACAUGAGCAACAACCACAUCCGCGAAAUCCGGGGCAAAACGUACCAUCACGUGACGAACGUGCGUCGCCUCAUCCUGAACCACAACAACCUAAGCAUCUCGCGGUACGACGAUGAGGAGUACAACCACCAUCAUCCGCGUGUCUUCUCUAAUUUCAUCAACCUGCAGGAGCUUCACCUUACGAACGCAUUUGCCGACAACACGUCUGCCGAGCUGUCGGCUGAUUUGCACGAUAUUUUCGUUAACAGUAAUCUCACUAAGCUGCUCAAGCUACAUCUGGAGCAGAACGAGAUCUCGCGGUUCAACGACAGGGCCGUCUUCUGCGAUCUACCCUCCCUGCUCGAUCUGCACCUUGGCGAUAAUCUGCUGACGGAGCUAAAUUUCAAUCUUAGCUGUAUGCCCCGGCUCCGCUUUCUCGAUCUCGAGCGUAACCGCUUUGAGGCGGUUCGGCCUGCGGAUCUCGCACUGCUUGAGGAGGUGCAAAAACAACCUUCGCGUACCACGCCACUUACCGUGGACUUUACGUACAAUCCGUUCGUGUGCGAUUGUGGCAUCUUCCCGCUGUACGAGUGGCUCGAUCGGACGAACGUUACCGUGCGCAAUGCGGAAGGGUUAGAGUGCUUGCGUAACCGACAGGUGCGCGAACCGAUUCUCAAGCUCAACGUUGGCAAAUGCCGAAAAUUCAAAACGGUCAACGGAUCGACGUCCCCCGCAGACAGUCACACGACCACGCUCAUCUUUGUGCUCAUCUGCUUGAGCUGUGUGCUCGCCGCACUUGUGGCAGGCUUGUUGUACGUUAGUAAGGACAAGCUCAAGGCGCUCUUAACACCUGUCGUCGAUUCUGUCUCCAAGAAAGUUCACUACACGACGAUCAAGGACGAGGAAGCUCCAGAGCAGUACGUGUGAUGCAACGCACGAGUCGAUGAGUUGCACCACGGUAUCAGACCACCGACGCAUGUCGUUCGAGUUUAAACUUCUUCUCCUUCAACUCAAGGGCGAGGUAUAACCUAUUAAAAGCAAGGAAAUAGAAGCAGAAGAACAUGUUUCAUGUCAGUUAGUCGCUGAGAAGUCUAACAAGCUAACAAUUGGUACUGUUAUCAGACACGACGUUCGAGAGUUGGGCGGACUCGAGCUGUGCAUCGAACGAGAUAGGUUCUAAUCAGUCAGAAUGAACAAAAUAUGUUAAGGAAUCUUGUUAUGCAGCAACGUGUGAAGUAAGAGUGUAAACUUGAAAACAAAUGCAUAAGCACAAAAAAAAAGGCAGGGAGAGGAAGAGAUAGAGAAAUCGGAAAAAGGGACGAAUCAUUGCUUUUAUUAAAUAUGAACAAACAAUACGAGACGGUGAUCGAAAAGGGCUACAUAAAUAACCUGUGAUUACUUUUAACUAUCCUAGCUUAGUCACUUCUCGGAUGAUCGGUUCGACAUGGAAUCAUAAAUACCAAAAUUCUAGAUCAAAACGCAAGCAGCAGGCCAACGACGUUGAGAGCCCUGUUCGUCCGAUCAAAUUUUGUUUUGUACCAAACUAAAUCAUGAUUGAACUUAUGAGUUUCCUUUUCGCUGGCUUUCUUUUGUUAUUUCUUAUGUUUUCUCCGUAUCACUGGCGUCUUUACGAAGCAGCAUUUUCAUCCAAUGAAUUGCUUCUGCUAAGUAGUAAGACUCACGACAGCCUGUUAGCAAUGGGGAAGGUGGAUGAAGGAGUGUUGGGUAAACAGGAAACGUUUCUAAAAAUUAGCGUAGUAACAAGGAUAACAAAUCAAGUCAGUAUGCCAAGAACGAAGAGCACAUCAAUCGGAUUUAUAGAGCAGACACACGAGAGACAAGAAAAGCAUCCGAUUAUCGUAAAAUGUUGGUCUAAUGUUUAAGUAGCUAAUUGUAAGGAAAGCUAGACAACUAAACUUUUAUGGUAAAUAAUAAAACGAACCAC